GUUUUUAGUCAUAAAUAGUAUAGAGGGCCAAAUCGAUUUUAUUCGGUGUAAAUGAAUUUUGCUCUUCGAAGCAGCGUAUAACUGAUAAUUAACUGUUUGUUAAUAUUAUUUUCUCUUUGUGGUUAAUAUAAUGGCAGUUAGAGCUCAGUUUGAAAACAAUAAUGAAAUAGGUGUUUUUUCCAAACUUACUAACUCGUACUGUCUCGUAGCUAUCGGAGGCUCUGAAAACUUUUACAGUGUUUUUGAAGGAGAAUUAUCAGAAGUUAUCCCAGUAAUCCAUACUUCUGUUGCUGGAUGUCGAAUAAUAGGAAGACUGUGUGUUGCAAACAGACAUGGACUACUCAUCCCUAAUUCAGCCACAGACCAGGAACUGCAACACAUUAGAAACUCACUGCCUGACACUGUAAAAAUACAAAGAGUUGAAGAAAGGCUUUCAGCUUUAGGAAACGUUAUUGCUUGCAAUGAUUAUGUAGCCCUUACUCAUCCUGAUCUAGAUAGGGAAACUGAAGAAAUCUUAGAAGAUGUCCUGCGAGUGGAAGUCUUUCGUCAGACUGUUGCAGAUAAUGUCUUGGUCGGGAGUUAUUGUGCUCUUAGUAACCAAGGUGGUUUAGUACAUCCUCGAACCUCAUUGGAAGAUCAGGAUGAAUUGUCUUCUCUCCUCCAAGUCCCCCUGGUGGCAGGUACUGUGAACCGAGGUAGUGAUGUCAUUGGUGCAGGUCUGGUGGUUAACGACUGGUCUGCUUUUUGUGGUAUGGACACAACCAGUACAGAACUGUCUGUGAUUGAAAGUGUUUUCCGACUGAAUGAAGCUCAACCUAGUGAUAUUUCUACUAAUAUGAGAGCAUCACUUAUAGAAAGGUUUGUUUGUUUUUUAUUGUGUGUUUUUCCAAUACAUGACUAUAAGGAAGUUUGUAAUGAUUUACUAGAGAAAAAUGGGGAAAAAAACAAGUUUGAGAUCCCGCAAAGUGUUUUUAAAGUUAGUUUGAGGAAACUACAGAGAAAUAGCUUGAAUGUGUGAAUUGUUAAUAAGUUA